AUGACCGGUUCUUCCGAUUCAGAUUCUCAAGAUGGGUAUCUGACCUCCGAGUACAAUUCUUCGAAUUCUCUUUUUUCACUGAACAAUGGCAACAGCUAUUCCAGUGCUUCCCUCGAUAGAGCCACUUUAGAUUGUCAAGACUCUAGCUUCUUCGAUAACCACAAAAAUUCAUUGCUCUCUACAAAAGUACCCAGGUAUAUUUCUAACGACGCGUUACAUCUACCCAUCACCCUGAAUUACAAAAGAGACAACGACGACGUUACGUAUACGAAUGGGAAAGUAAACAAAUUCAUGAUUGUUUUGAUUGGUCUACCAGCUACUGGGAAAUCCACCAUUUCUUCCCAUCUGAUCCAGUGCUUGAAGAAUAAUCCGUUGACUAAUUCUUUACGCUGUGAAGUUUUCAACGCUGGUAAGAUAAGAAGGCAAAUUAGCUGCGCCACUAUCUCUAAACCUCUACUCCUGUCAAACACAUCAUCCGAAGACUUGUUCAAUCCGAAAAAUAACGACAAAAAGGAAACAUACGCCAGAAUCACGCUGCAGAAACUAUUCCACGAGAUUAACAGUGAUGAAUGUGAUGUAGCGAUUUUUGACGCGACAAAUUCUACCGUUGAAAGAAGAAAAUUCAUAUUCGAGGAGGUUUGUUCGUUCAAUACAGAUGUGCUCUCUACUUUCAAUCUCGUGCCCAUAAUUUUGCAGGUUUCGUGCUUCAAUAGAGAUUUCAUCAAAUACAAUAUCCACAAUAAAUCGUUCAACGAGGACUACCUGGACAAACCAUACGAACUGGCCAUCAAGGAUUUCGCGAAGAGGUUGAAACACUACUACGCCCAAUUCACACCUUUCUCUGUGGACGAAUUCAACCAAACCCAUCGUUAUAUCUGCCAGCAUGAAGAAAUCGAUACUAGCCUGUUUUUCUUCAACGUUAUCAAUGCCGGAAUCGUAAAGCCACACUCCUUAAACCAGAGCCACUACCCUUCGACUUGUGGCAAACAGAUCAAAGAUACUAUCAUGGUUAUUGAAAACUUUAUCAACCAUUAUUCUCAAAUGUUUGGUUUUGAAUAUAUCGAAGCUGUUAAAUUGUUCUUUGAAAGAUUCGAAAAUAGCUCUGAGGAAACUUUAACUGCUUUAGACUCUGUGGUCAACGAUGAAUUUUUCAAUGAUUUACAAAACCUCAUUGAAAAUAAUGGAUUUGCUUGA